UUCCGGCUGCAUCCAUCCUGUCCGAGCAGACGAAGAGGAAACAGAUGACUCUUCGGCUGCGCUGAGGUAGAAACCUGCUGACUGAAACCUUCCGAGGCUGAUACAGAAAAUUAAACUCUCUAAAGGAGCGAGUUUUGAAAGAUGCAGUGAUGAAGUCUGCCUCCACAGAGUGAGUCCACAUCCACUAACGCGGCCUGACUUCCAAUGACCCGCCUCCUCUGACUCCGCCUGAGUCCACCUUCUGUUGACCAGCAGGCGGGGCUGGCCCUGCUCAGGGCGGAGGAGGGGGCGUGACCCGGGAUGGACAGCCGGUGCAGCAGCAGCGCCGAUUCACGGCUGACCGGCAGGGGAAUGGGCUCUAUCACCACCACGCCCAUCUCCACAAGGGUGGAGCCGUAUGAAGCCGGGGAGAAGAAGUGCAUCUCGGACGUGAGGAGGACCUUUUGCCUCUUCGUCACCUUUGACCUCUUGUUCAUCACCUUGCUCUGGAUCAUAGAGCUCAAUGCGAACGGCGGCAUUCCGACGCAGCUGGACAAAGAAGUCCUGCACUACGACUACCGAGCCUCCUUCUUUGACAUUUUUCUCCUGGCUGUUUUCAGGUUUGCCACUCUCAUCCUGGCCUACGCCGUCUGUAAGCUUCGUCACUGGUGGGCCAUCGCAAUCACCACUGCAGUCAGCUGUGCGUUCCUGAUUGUUAAAGUCAUUUUAUCAAAGCUGCUGUCUCAGGGGGCCUUUGGGUACCUGCUGCCCAUCAUCUCCUUCGUGUUGGCCUGGAUAGAAACAUGGCUGCUCGACUUCAAGGUCCUGCCUCAGGAGGCCGAAGACGAAAACAGAUAUCAGUCCUUCGUGGACGCCGCAGAGCGAGCUCCUCUCAUGGGUCCGGGUCCUUUAUCUGACGGACAGUUCUACUCCCCGCCAGAGUCUGUGGCAGACUCCGACGAGGACCUGGAUGAUAAACAUGAUCCAGAAAAAGGGCUCAUACAGCAGGUAUCUUAACAGGGUCUCUGCUUCUGAAGGUGAAGAUUUCUCCUGCUCCUGUUUGUGCUACCGAGGGAAAAUUCUGCCUUACACAUUCUGCCUGUUUAGUUUUUAUUCGCUUCAAAGAAGU